UAGUAUAAACUUUAACAAUGUUUUGUUUCCUUUUCAGUAAAGAAGAAUGUCCUUGUUUAAAGCUAGAGACUGGUGGUCCACCAUACUUGGAGAAAAGGAAGAAUUUGACCAAGGCUGUCUAUGUGUUGCUGAUGUUGAUAAUAGUGGCAGUGGACAAGAUAAAAUUAUUGUGGGCAGUUACAAGGGAUAUCUUCGAAUCUUUAAUCCACAUCCUGUGAAACCUGGAGAUGAAGUACAACCUGAAGACUUGCUCUUGGAAGUGCAGUUACGAGAACCAAUAUUGCAGGUUGAAGUGGGAAAAUUUGUUUCUGGUACUGAGGGACUUCAUCUGGCUGUGUUGCAUUGCCGAAAACUCUGUGUGUAUGCUGUUUCAGGAACUCAGGGGAAUGUGGAGCAUGGGAACCAGUAUCAGAUUAAACUGAUGUAUGAGCACAAUCUUCAGAGAACUGCUUGUAAUAUGACUUAUGGCCCAUUUGGUGGUGUAAAAGGUCGAGAUUUGAUCUGCAUACAGUCCAUGGAUGGGAUGCUCAUGUUGUUUGAACAAGAAAGUUACGCUUUUGGCCGGUUUUUACCUGGUUUUCUUCUUCCUGGUCCCUUGGCUUAUAGCUCUCGCACAGACUCUUUCAUUACAGUGUCUUCUUGUCAGCAGGUUGAGAGUUACAAAUACCAAGUGAUGGCAUUUGCAACAGAUGCUGAUGAAAGACAAGACACAGAACAGCAGAAACUCAGUUCUGGAAAAAGACUUCUGGUGGAUUGGGUUUUAAACAUCGGAGAGCAAGCACUGGAUAUAUGCGUUGUCUCAUUUAAUCAGGGAGUUUCUUCUGUUUUUGUGCUUGGUGAGAGAAACUUCUUUUGCCAUUGUGCAACCUGGUCUAGUGGAAGGUGUUCCUGCCCAUUGCGAGAAGGAACAAUAAACACUUUAAUUGCAAACCACAGUAAAAUGUUGAAUGUUUAUCAAGAUGUUACAUUGAAAUGGGCCACUCAACUUCCCUGCAUUCCUGUGUCAGUAAAAGUAGCGAAUUUUCAAGACUUGAAGGGUGUUAUAGUCACUCUGAGUGAUGAUGGUCAUCUUCAGUGUUCAUACCUUGGAACUGAUCCUUCACUCUUCCAGGCUCCUAAGGUUGAUUCUAGGGAAAUAAACUAUGAAGAAAUGAAUGCUGAAAUGAAAGAGCUUCAGAAAAUCAUCAGGGAGGCCACAAAAAUGCAAGAUAUUCUGCCUGAAUCUGAAAAACAGAGAGAUGUAACUGUCACAGCAGAAGUUUCACCUGAUUUGGAUGAAGAAUCUCAAGCCAUUGACAGUGAGGUAAAAGCAGGGGCUGUACCAUCAGUCACAGUAAAGAUAACAAUCCAGAGCAGAGUGACUGCGCAGAAGCCAAGCCUGGCUGUGUGUGUGCAAGCUCCGUUAUCAGUGACCUCUGACCAGUUUGUCUUUGAUGAUUUAGAACCAGAUUCAUCUGAAACUGUGGUCCUGUCUGUCUUUUUGAAGGAGAAUUGUUCUCCACCAGAACUAGAAGGAACCUGUAUAGUUUCAUAUAUUAUACCAACAGAGCUCAAUCCUGAAGGAAUACCAAGAGUUUCACAGUGUAACUUCAGUCUGCCUUUGAAGUUAGUUUGCUUUCCAGCUCAGCCUUCAAAAGCAGCACACCACAAGCUAACUAUUGAUACCAACAAACCUCCCAUCAGUUUUGUCACCAUUUUUCCAGAUUUUGUUGAUCUGUCUGAGGGUGACCAUGCAAAUGCUCUGGGAUUUCAGUUUCUUACAGGUUCAAAAACCACUCUUCUUGCUUCAAAAACAUCACGUAAGUUCUAUCAUAUUUCUUUAACACGUUAAAUGUACAUGGAAGACCUUUGGCUGGUAACAAAAGAGCUCAUACACCGACUAGAAGAGCAUUUCAAGAAGCAAAACUGCAAGGACUUUGCAUGUACCUUUUCUGGUUCCAUUCCCCUGCAAGAAUAUUUUGAACUAAUUGAUCGACAUUUUGAGCUACGUUUGAAUGCUGAGAAAUAUCAGGAGCUGUUAUCUGAAAGGGCUGUACAGUUUCGAGCUAUUGAGCGGCGACUGCUGACACGAUUCAAAGACAAAACUCCAGCUCCUCUUCAACAUCUGGACACCUUGCUAGAAGGAACAUUCAGAGAGGUAAUAGCUCUAGCAGAUGCAGCAGAAGAAAAUCAAGCCAACAUGUUCCAAGCAUUUGCAAAGUUGAAAAGUGCCACCCAUCUGGUGAUUAUGCUGAUUAGUUUGUGGCAGAAGCUCAGCACUGAUCAAGUUGCUAUUUUGGAAGCUACGUUUUUGCCAUUAGCAGAAGAUACACAAGAGCUGGGUUGGGAAGAAACUGUGGAUGCUGCAGUCUCUUACUUGUUAAGAACUUGUUUGUCAAAGAGCUCCAAGGAGCAGGCCCUGACUCUCAGCAGCCAGUUGUCCAUGCCCAAAGAUACCAGCAAACUGAAGAAGAACAUCACCCUCUUCUGUGAUAGAUUGGCCAAAGGUGGUCGCCUUUCAUUAAGUACAGACUCGGCCACUCAGCAAGCACCUGUCAUGCCAGGUGGCUGCACUACAAUCCCAGAGUCUGAUUUAGAGGAAAGGACCAUUAUACCAGGCUCCACAGCAAUGAUUGCCAGUCACGGGCAGACCACAAAGCAGAAAUCCAAGCCUGGUCUGUCUGAGGAUGCAGCAGAGGAAACAAAAAGCCACGAACUCUGACGACAACUCUCAGGAGAAAUUUCUUUCUGAUGCCAGAUGCAUUUAUAACGCAGCAGUACCAAUCCAUUUCACUCUGUAGUGAUUGCAGCUUCCAGAAGGAGAGGACUGUGCUAAUUUAUAUUAAAACAAAAUCAGUUCCACUCUAAUAAUUUGCUUGGUUCUCCUUGCCAACUGCUAUCAUCCCUCCUGUGAGCGAAGUUUAAGCACUUACCCAA